AUGAGAAUUUUGAGAAUUUGCAGUUUCUUGAUUCUGUUUAGUUUCGCCUUUGGACAUGAAAAUCUUAAUACCUUAAUUGUUGAGUUCCCUGAAAAUACUGAACCCCAAUUGAAGGAAACAAUUACUGAUGUUGAAUUAGAGUGUACAAGUUGGAGGUUUGCUGUGGAGGCUAAUAAUUUGAGCCCAUGGAAGACUAUUCCAAAGGAAUGUGCUGAUUACGUGAGGCAAUAUAUUAACGGCGGGGCUUAUAAGUUGGACAUUGAUAGAGUUUCAAGUGAAGCUGGAGCGUAUGCAGAAAGCAUGAAAUUGGGCGCAGAUGGAAAAGAUGUGUGGGAUUUUGAUGUUGAUGAGACUUUGCUUUCAAAUCUUCCCUAUUAUUCGCAACAUGGUUAUGGGUUGGAGGUAUUUGAUAGUGUGAAAUUUGAUGAAUGGGUUGAGAAGGGAGUGACACCAGCCAUUGGGUCAAGUUUGAAGUUUUAUCAAGAUGUUAUGAGGCUAGGAUUCAAAGUGUUCUUGCUUACUGGGCGUAGUGAAAGACACAGAAUUGUUACAGUGGAGAAUUUGAUGAAUGCUGGUUUUCAGGAUUGGGACAAGCUUAUACUGAGGGGCUCGGAGGAUCAUGGAAAAUCAGCGACAAUUUACAAAUCAGAGAAAAGAGAUGAGGUGGUAGAAGAGGGGUUUAGAAUAGCAGGCAACUCUGGAGACCAGUGGAGUGAUCUGUUGGGUUCAUCUGCUUCUAUUCGCUCGUUCAAGCUUCCUAACCCAAUGUACUACAUUCCUUGACAUGAAUGCCAAUAUGCCUUUUUCUCCUGUCCAGUGGCUAAGCUGCUGCGAAAAAUGG